AUGACACCUCGUCGCUCCUCUCGGGCUCGCACCACACAACCCUCCCCAGCCCUCCUUCAACACACCAACUCCUCUGGCUCCUCAGUUUCUACUACUCGCGAGAGGAGCACUCGAUCAAACCAUAAAAAUAACUCUCCUCAAGGCUCCUCGGGCCAUCGAUCCCAAUCCAUCGAUGAUGGCGAAAAUGGCUCGAGGACCGACCUCCCACAAACGCGCCAGCGUCAGCGCGCCCACGACGAUGACGAGGAUCCUCCCCGCGAGGAAGAUGAAGAUGAUAUAGAAGAGGAGGAAGAGGAGGAAAUCACAAGGUGUCUGUGUGGGCAGCAGGAUUAUCCAGGCUUGCCCCCCUCUCGUCGCGAAGCUCUCGGUCGCAGCAUCGUCAAGCCAGAAUCGGCCCACCCACCUACUGAUUCGUCCGAUAUGUUGCCCGAUGAUAUUGGGAGUAUGUUCAUUCAGUGCGACACCUGCAAAGUUUGGCAACAUGGUGGCUGUGUGGGAAUCAUGGACGAGGAAAUGAGCCCCGAUGAAUAUUUUUGCGAGGAGUGCCGGAAGGACUUGCACAGAAUCCGAGGCGAAGCCAAUGGCCAGCGCUCCUCCACAUACCUGCCUGUCGUACCGGUGUCAUCGCCUGCACCUUCCUCUCGACCCGUCUCUCGGGCCUCCUCCCGAGAAACCACCUCUCGACGUUCCAGGGAUCCCAAGUCAAGAACUAGCGAGGGUGACAUGAACCCGAAGCGGCGGUCCACUAUGAACAGCCGGGAUGCCGCUUACGACGAGGAGGAACUGAUUCGGCGAGCCAUUGAGGAAAGUAAGGAAGAUACGAAGAGCCUUCCCGACGACACAUCUCUUCGGCGGGGCAAACGAAGUCGAAGUGCCAGUGAAGUAAACAGACCGGGUGCAAAGCGUCAACGAACCGCUUCGCCCUCUCCAGCUGCUGUCUCGAGCCACAUAGCAUCUCAACCUCCAUCCGAUGACGAGUCUAAGACCAAAGUCCUAGCCCUGAAUGGCACUCGGAGACAGAGAGCUACUUCUCGGAGUCAACGUGACAAAGAGCCAAGCAAGGGUGCCGAUGAGGGAGAACUGGAGGCUCCGGAGGCUCCGGAGAAUUUGGCCCGUCGAAAAGAAAGAACAAACCGUCGCAAAGGUGAAGAAUCUGAGCAUGAACCCGCAUCUCCAACCAAGGCAGCCCCACCAGCUGAACCGGAGCCGGUCCAGGCAAGCCCUAAUACACCUACUCCUCAAGAGCCGACGCCCGCUCGGCCAUCCACUCGAAAAUCAGGCCGCCCACCGGCUCGCCGAGGUCGUGUCGGGCGUAACCAAUAUACCAAGGAUCGCGAUACAAAUGGCACUGGUACUGAAUCACCCCGUCGUGGGCACUCUCUUGAUAUUGGAGGAGAAUCGCCCAGAGUCGGGUACGGUGCCAAUGGAGUACAUAUAAAUGGAGGGGACACCGGGCGGCCAAGCAAACCCCGUCACAUGCAUCCACAACGCACGACUAUGAACGAGAUGAAAAGACGUGUGGCGGCCAUCCUUGAGUUUAUUUCACGAAUGCAGGUGGAGAUGGCCGUGGCCAGCGAGAACUCUUCCUCUCCCAUUGGCAACGGUGACCAAACUCAAGGCCUCCUUUUGAAGAGCAUGGUCGAUCAGAUCGACAGCAUCAUGCCCUCGACGACCAGUGAUGGCGGCGGAUCCGCGCCCACUGACGGCGGUGACAUGGAGAAGCCCUUCAAGGACCUGAGCAGCGUGGAGAUGAUGGACGUUCUCACGCGUCACCUUCUCAAAUGGCAACAAGAGUACGGCAAGUUCGGUGAGCGGUAG